UUUGCUUACUGAGUCGUGCGUGAUCGAGCAUCUUCCGUUCGAGCCCAUCUGUCAUAACAGUAACAUCGGUUUCGUCAGCGAUGGUGACCGGGUAACCGGAGCUGUGUCGGGUAAAGAUGCCGGUGUGCUGCGGGAACUGGCGGCGCUGGAUUCGGCCGCUGGUCGCGCUGUUGUUCGCGCUGGUGCUGGCGGUGGCGCUGCCGCUGUGCGUGUGGGAGCUGCGGAGAUCUGAGGUGGGCACACACAGUAAGGCAUGGUUCAUCGCAGGUGUGUUUGUGUUUAUGACAAUCCCGAUCUCACUGUGGGGUAUCUUACAACACCUGGUGCACUACACACAACCUGAGCUACAAAAACCCAUCAUCAGAAUUCUCUGGAUGGUUCCCAUAUACAGCUUAGACAGUUGGAUCGCUUUAAAAUACCCCAAGAUCGCGAUCUACGUGGACACGUGUCGGGAAUGCUACGAGGCGUAUGUCAUCUACAACUUCCUGAUGUUCCUGUUAAACUUUCUGGAGAAUCAGUAUCCCAGUCUGGUGCUCAUAAUGGAGGUGCAGGAACAGAAACCCCUGCUGCCCCCCCUCUGCUGCUGCCCGCCGUGGGCCAUGGGAGAGGUUCUGUUGUUCAGAUGUAAACUUGGAGUUCUGCAGUACACGGCAGUGAGACCUGUUACAACAAUCAUAGCACUUGUUUGUCAGCUGUGUGGUGUUUAUGAUGAAGGUAAUUUCAGCUUCAGGAACGCCUGGACGUACCUCGUUAUCGUCAACAACGUCUCACAACUGUUUGCGAUGUACUGUCUGCUGCUGUUCUAUCGCACGCUGAGAGAAGAGCUCAAACCGCUGAGACCCGUCAGCAAACUGCUGUGUGUGAAGAUGGUGGUCUUCGUUUCAUUUUGGCAGGCGGUGCUGAUCGCUCUUCUAGUGAAGGUCGGUGUGAUCUCAGACAAACACACGUGGGACUGGGACAGUGUAGAAGCUGUAGCCACAGGAUUACAGGACUUUAUUAUUUGUAUAGAGAUGUUUGUGGCAGCAAUCGCUCAUCAUUACAGUUUCAGUAGUCGUCCGUAUGUUUGUGAGGAUGACGAGGGUUCGUGUUUUGACUCGCUGCUCGCCAUGCUGGACGUGUCCGACAUUCGUGCAGAUAUCUCAGAACAAGUGCGCAAUGUUGGUCAUACAGUGUUAGGUCGCCCUCGUAAGCUGUUUUUCGGCUCUGAAUCUGAUGUUGUGCAGGGAGAACACACCGGUCUGCUCAUCGGGACAUCACAUGACCGACUGUCCUCUGACCAUCACUCAGUCCCCGCCUCCCCACGGGGGCGUUACCAGGGGCUGGGCUACACGGACACGCCCCACUCUAUCUCCGCCCCCGAGGGAUUCACAUCCUCCUCGUGGGAGAGUGACAGUGACUCAGGGCCUCUGACAGCCAAAGAGUCCCAGCACAGGAUAUGAGGAGCCACAGAAAAAUAAAGAUUCACAGUCAAUUUACACUCACACAUACAGUUAAGAGCUAUUCACACUAAGAGCAAUGCAGCAAAAUCGAACCCAAGCUCUGGUCCAAAACCAGUCACUGUCUACAUAGGCAGCUACCUUCUAAGGGAGCAUCACCACUAUUAUGGCACCUCAAAAGUGACUGAAUUUUACUAUUAUAGGUUUUGGAAACAAAGCUGGCAUGUGAUGCAAACUUUUGUCUGUGUCUGAGAAAGGUUUGCAUACCUAAACGAAAGCAAAAUGUGCUCAUUUGCUUUAUCUACUUGGUCUUUGAUUUUUAAUUUUACUUUUAUGAAAGGAAAGAAAAAAAGAUCUACUCUGGAAAAAAGAGUUUCAUUGCAAUGCAACUGACUGCACUUAAUGUGAAUAGGUUUUUACAUACUCACACAUGCAGCACAUACACAUUUCCAUGUUUAAAAUACAUGAGAUAUUUCGAUCUGUUUUCUAUAUUUAGUAUUGUGUAUUGUUAAUGAAGGUGAUGUUUUUAAAUCAAUCAGUAACACCAUGAUGUUUUAUGAGUGCUGUACUAAUGAUAUUUGUGAUAUUUACUGUUUUAUCAAUAUAUAAACAAUCAUUGUUUACCAAU